AUAGUGAAGUCUCACGAAUUUUGUUUUUCAACAUUGUGUUCUUUUCGUUUGCAUAUUCAGACAGAUAUUGUUUUAGCUGUCAGGACAACUCCAAUCUAGCUUCUUGUACCAGAGUGAUAACUUGUGGUCCACACGAGGAAUGUUAUAUAGAUAAAAUUAUAGCUGAUGAUGGAGAUGUAUAUUUCAACCAAGGCUGUAGAGACAGACAGGUAUGUCAAACUACACCACUGGGUAAAAGAAGUGAUACUGUAAUGUGUGAUCAAUGUUGCGAUUCAGACUUCUGUAAUUUCAAAGGUUGUAAUGAACAGGGAAUAAACGCUGAUCACUAUAAUCAUCUAUGUUUAAGUUGUGGGGACAGCAAGUUUGGCGCUGACAAUUUGUGUCAUAAAGUUGGCCUAUGCGCAGUAGGGCAGAAAUGUAGUGUUGUACAAAAAAGUGAUUUUAACGGACAGUUAUUGUUCCAAUUUGGAUGUAAAUCUGAUUCAGAUUGCGCAUCUAUACAGAACCCGAAUAACUGUAACAAAUGCUGUACUGGUCCUUUCUGUAACUAUAAAUGUUCAUCAGGAAAUUCUAAUAUUGGCUCACUACAAACACCGAGUACAACACUGCAAUGGAAUGUUGUUCCAGUCAUGCAGAAAACGACUCCUACAUACUUAGAGCCCGCAUAUAGUAAAAAUAUUACAUCCUGUUUCUCAUGUAAAGAUAUAUCAUCACCAGCUGACUGCACAGAAUUUACUCAUUGUGGUGAACACGAGCAAUGCUACAUCCAGCAGUCAGUUACAUCUGAUGGUCAUGUUUUUUUCUCUGGUGAUUGUUCACCGAAAACAUCGUGCUACCCACUUAAUUCUAAUCAACUGAGCACAGUCAUUUGCCAUGAAUGCUGUAAAACUGAUUUUUGUAAUGUUAAUAGAUGUGGCCAUACAGUUUCUUUAUCUGACGAAUCUCAUUUUUGUGUAACAUGCCAGGGAGUUAAAAGACCAGAAGACUGCAAGAAAGUAUCAAGAUGUACAACUGAUCAGAUAUGCAUGAUUGAACAAAGUCACGAUUUGAAUGGCCAAAUAACACUGAAUAUGGGAUGUGUCAGAAAAGAUAUGUGUAGUAGUAUACCCUCAUCACAAUGUAGCGGUUGUUGCAAAGGAGCAUACUGCAAUACAAAUUGUCAAACAUUUACUCAACAUCGUAGUCAGCAGUUAUUUACUCAUCCGCCAACAAGUAUCAUGACACCACUUCCGGUACAGACAACAACACAAAUUCGUUCUUUUGUUAAAUGUUAUUCCUGUGAGUUUGUAAUUCAAUUGAGUGAAUGUCAAACUAUGAUUAACUGCAAUCCAGGGGAGAUUUGUCAGCUAAAGGAAUUUACAGGUUCGAAUGGAUUGGUGGCAUAUCGCAUGAAAUGUGCUGACGAAAAGACAUGUUGGCAGGGAGGACAAAAUACACGAGUUGGGUGUUGUAAAUCUGAAGGAUGUAAUAACAUUGCAGAUAUUUUACAUUAAAUUCGGUUUAAUUGAUAA